AUGCAACAAACAGGUGAAUCAGGAGGAAGCCAGCAAGCACCAAUUGCUAAACCCUAUUAUCAAAUCAAGUCACCCUUUCCGCUUGAGCUUGACAGGCGCUUUAUAGAUCAAAAUAAAGGCAAGAGUAUGGCACUGCAGAGGCGAAGACAGAAAACACCUUCUGAAAGCGUUCGAUGUUAUUGGGCAGUACUAUCUACACGACCUGCGGAUGUUGGGAAUAUGUUGAAUAAAGCAAAUUUGGUCUUCCUCCACCUUGAUCCAACUAUGGAGGAAUCAUUGGGCUAUAGCGUAGAAUCGCUUAUGGGCACAAGUGCAUUGGAUUUAGUUCAUCCUAAUGAUGCCAAAUGGAUUGAAACGAACAUCUUGCAAUACGUAAUGGGUAGUAGAAGCGAAAAAAAGGUGCUUCGAUGUACAAUGAAAAGCGUCUUAUCGAUGGGUAAAUACGUUCAUUCUUCACUUAACGAUCGAAA